AUGGCUUUUGAUCGCUACAUGGCUAUCUGUGAUCCCCUGAGACAUUCCACCAUCCUGACAAACCCUGUGGUGGCCAAGACUGGACUGGCUGUGGUGCUGCGCAGUAGCAUGUGCAUACUACCCUAUCUCCUCCUGGCAAGGCAUUGGUCAUAUUGCAGAACCAACAUCAUUUCCCACACACACCGUGAGCACAUGGCCAUGGUGAAACUGGCCUGUACUGACACCCAUAUCAGUAGUUACUAUGGCCUCUUUGUGAUAUUCUGUGUGCUCGGUCUGGAUGUGUUUUUUAUUACAGUGUCCUAUACCCAGAUCCUCAGGGCCAUCUUCAGCCUCCCCAAAAAGGACGCCCGGCUCAAGCCUUUUGGCACCUGUGGCUCCCACCUCUGUGUCAUCUUAGCCUUUUAUAUCCCAGGUCUCUUCUCCUCCCUCAUGUCCCGGUUUGUCCAGAAUGUGGCCCUGAAUUUACAGGUUCUCAUGGCCUACAUCUACCUCCUGCUUCCUCCCGUGCUAAACCCCGUCAUCUACGGGGUGAGGACCAAAGAGAUCCGGGACAGGCUUCUUGGGCUCUUUACUCAUAAAGGAACCUAA